AUUCCUGUACUUCUCACUGAUCCAGUUUUGUAUACUCAGGAAGAGGAACUGCUAGCACUUCUUCGAGAUGAAGAAGAUGGAGAGGAUAAGUGGAUACAAACGAGCAUCAGCGAUGAAAAUCUAGAGAAAAUUUUGGAUCGCAGCGAUCUGAUUAUGAAUUCUUCCGAGGACGAAAACCCUGAGACAAAGCCAACCCCUAUUCCUCUUAAAGGACCUAGUUGGGAAGUUGUUAUCCCAACCACAACUGGUGGAAUGCUGUCGACCCUCAACAACUGAUGCCUGUUUCCAUUUUACAGUUGAAUGUGAUUUUUGUUGAUGCCAUGUUGCUGUAAGUUUUAGAAGUUUCCUCUCAAUUUUUGUUAAUAUUCAGAGAGGAACACGUUUUGGAGAAUGGAUAGACAGGCUAUAAUGUAGACUGCAAUAUUGGAACCAAGUGUGACAGAGAUAGGCAUCAUACCAUAACUUUGAAUGAUUGAAUUGUUUGGUUGACGUGAA